AUGGAGGCUGAUAUCAGAGCUGUCCUGCCCAACAUCGACCCCGUGGUCUCCGAGUACUCCGUGGGCUACCUGACCCAUGCUUCUACUACAUGGUCGGAUGAGGAGGACCCCUCUGGUCCUUCUCCUCUGAACGAGGCUGCUGCUACCGUCACUGACCUGCUCCUGUCCGCAUCAGGCGAGGUGAAUGCCAACGUGGAGGAGAAGAUCAAGCAACUCGUCGAGAAAUGGGUGGACAAGUACACCGCUGCCAACGGUGCCCAGAGGACUGGGCCUUCGAUCGUGAGGCGUCUUGAUCAGACUAUCCAGGUUAGUUCGCAGCGGAACAUGUCGUCGACGUUGGCGGUAGCGACGGGCGGUGUCGACUUGGAAUCGGCGAAUGUGAGAAAGGUUGAAUCCAAGGUCGACCGCAAGAAGCUUGAGAAGGCCGAGAGAAAGAUUGCGGCCAAGCAACAAAAGAAGACGUUCAAGACCGUCGAGUACGAGGCGUCGAGACUACUCGAGCUGCCCGAGUCUACGCAGUCUUACGAGGAGUUCUACAUGGCCGUCAACCCGCUUCAACUGGGUUCUGGCGCCGGAACCAAGACCAAAGACGUCAAACUCGACAGCAUCGAUGUUUCUAUUGGUGGAAACCGCAUUCUUACAGACACCAACCUCACGCUCGCUUACGGCCACCGUUAUGGUCUGGUUGGUAACAACGGUGUUGGUAAAUCCACGCUGCUCCGAGCCCUCUCCAAGAGAGAAGUCGCCAUUCCCACCCACAUUUCUAUUCUUCACGUCGAGCAGGAGAUUACUGGCGAUGAUACACCAGCUAUCCAAGCUGUGCUUGACGCAGACGUGUGGCGCAAGGUUCUUCUCAGGGACCAAGAUCAAAUCAUGGCACGUUUGGCAGAGCUGGAAGCCCAGCGAGUUGGCCUGGCCGAUACUUCAGCAGAUGCGGCUAGGAUUGAUCGCGAGAGGGAGACCCAAGAUAACAAGCUUGGAGAUAUCCAAGGAAAGCUGGCCGAGAUGGAGUCCGACAAGGCUGAGCCCAGAGCGGCCAGUAUUCUUGCUGGUCUUGGAUUCUCUCCCGAGCGACAGCAAUUUGCCACCAAGACGUUCUCCGGUGGUUGGAGAAUGCGUCUGGCACUGGCACGAGCCCUCUUCUGUGAACCUGACUUGUUGCUUCUGGACGAACCGUCGAACAUGUUGGAUGUUCCCUCAAUUGCUUUCCUUUCCGACUAUCUACAAGGCUACCCCAGCACUGUCCUGGUCGUCUCUCACGACAGAGCGUUCCUCAACGAGGUCGCUACCGACAUCAUCCAUCAGCACUCACAGCGCCUCGACUACUACCGCGGAGCCAACUUCGACUCCUUCUACGGCACCCGAGAGGAGCGAAAGAAGGUGGCCAAGCGAGAGUACGAGAACCAAAUGGUUCAGCGUGCCCAUCUGCAGGCCUUCAUCGACAAGUUCCGCUACAACGCGGCCAAGUCCUCGGAAGCCCAGUCCCGUAUCAAGAAGUUGGAAAAGAUGCCCGUCCUGGAAGCCCCAGAGGCUGAGUACAGCGUCAAGUUCACUUUCCCCGAGGUGGAGAAGUUGUCGCCUCCUAUUGUCCAGAUGUCCGGCGUUACCUUUGGAUACAGCAAGGACAAAAUCCUUUUGCGAAAUGUCGACUUGGAUGUCCAGCUGGACUCCCGUAUUGGUAUCGUGGGACCCAACGGUGCUGGUAAGACGACGAUUCUCAAGCUGCUCAUUGGCAAGCUGGAGGCUUCCACUGGUCUGAUCUCGCAACAUCCUCGUCUCCGCAUCGGCUUCUUUGCACAGCAUCACGUCGACGCCCUGGACUUGAAUACGAGCGCCGUGAGCUUCAUGGCCAAGAACUACCCCGGCCGCACAGACGAGGAGUACCGACGACGACUCGGCGCCUUUGGUAUCACGGGCACAACGGGUCUGCAGAAGAUGGAACUCCUGUCUGGAGGUCAAAAGUCGCGUGUGGCGUUUGCCUGCCUGGCACUGACGAACCCUCACAUCCUGGUGCUGGACGAGCCUUCCAACCAUUUGGAUAUCGAGGCCAUGGAUGCGCUGGCGGAGGCGCUGAACGAGUUCCAGGGUGGCGUGCUGAUGGUUUCCCACGAUGUGACAAUGCUGCAGUCGGUGUGUAAGUCACUGUGGGUGUGUGAUGGCGGAACGGUAGAGAAGUUCCCUGGCGACGUGCAGCAGUACAAGAAGAGGAUUGCUGCCCAGGCCAACGCGGCCGGUGUCGUCAAGGCUCACUGA